AUGUUCACAACAUCAAGGAGAUUCUUUGCUACUAAGAUAUUUAACUCGUCUGCUGAGGCCGUGGCUGAUCUCAAAAGUGGGAUGGCCUUAAUGAUUUCUGGGUUCGGAUUAUGCGGAGUUCCUGAAAAUUUACUGACUCUGCCUCCCUUUAAAUUGGAGCAAAAUUUGCAUUUUUUGGGACUUUAACCCCUUUUGGAACAAAAUUUGUUUUUCAGUCGGAAAAUUUAUCAAUGAAAAUACUAAUUUUAUAAAAUUAGUUUUUGACCUAAUUUAAUAGAGAAACGCAAGUGGAAUGUUAUUUUAACACAUCUUACACUGAACUGAUUUUUUUUAUUUAAUUCUCCAUAAAAAUAAAUUAAAAUUUUGAGUCAAUUUAUAUUUUUAAAAUAAUUAAAGAUGACAUACUCAUUUUUAUAAUUAGUUUCGACCUAAUUUAAUUGAAAAAGAAUGGAUUUAAACAUUUUUACACUGAAUCGAUUAAUUUUUUUAUUUAAAAAUAAAUUUAAAUUCGCUAUAUUGUGCUCAAUUUAUGUUUUUUGAGGCUUUAAAAAUUUUUUAUGGAAAUUUAAAUAUAAUUUUUUUUUAAGAAAAAUAAUUAACCCCCUUUAAAUAAAGCAAGAUUUUUAUUACAAUUUAAAAGAGGGGAGUGAGGGCGAUCCAUCACUUGAAAAUCAAUAACCUUAAACUAAUCACUAACACUUCAGGGACCAAUGAAUUUGGACCUGGACUUCUGAUCAAGGACAAAAUGGCAUCGAGUAUCCAUUGUUCAUAUUUAGGGGGAAAUGAAACAUUGGAAAAUCAGUAUUUAAAUGGUGAAAUUGAGCUUGAUUUAAUUCCUCAAGGGUCCUUAGCCGAAAGGCUAAGAGCAGGAGCUUGCGGAAUUUCUGCAUUUUAUACCCACACUGGAGCUGGCAGUCUCGUUGAAGAAGGCGGAUUCCCAAUGAAAUUCGGCCCAGGCGGAAAAACAGUCGAAAAAGUAUCUGCCCCAAGAGAAGUAAGGAUUUGGGGAGGUAAAAAAUACUUGCUUGAGAGAGCUCUCAAAGGAGAUGUUGGGCUCAUCAAGGCAUGGAAAGCAGAUACUGAAGGAAACCUAAUCUAUAGAAAAACAGCAAGAAAUUUCAACCCUGAUAUUGCAGGGGCUUCCAAAAUAACUAUUGCAGAAGUGGAAGAAAUAGUCCCAGCUGGCUCUCUUGACCCAGACCAGAUUCACACUCCUGGGAUUUUUGUUCAGAGGCUUGUAAAAGGAGAAUAUUUCGAAAAACCAAUUGAAAGGCUUGCCCUUAAUACUGGUGAUAAAAUACAGCUUCCUGGAACUCCAGAGCAGAUUAGGAAGAGAGAAAGGAUUGCUAAAAGAGUUUCCAAAGAAAUAAAGGAUGGGAUGUAUGUAAAUCUAGGUAUUGGCAUGCCGACAAUGGUUCCAAACUAUUUGCCAAAAGACAUUAAAAUCGUCUUGCAUGGAGAAAACGGACUUUUAGGGAUUGGGCCAUAUCCUAAAUCAGGCGAGCAGGACCCUGACGUAAUCAAUGCUGGCAAAGAAACCAUUACAAUGGCAACAGGCUCUUCUGUUUUCCACAGUAGCAUGAGCUUUGCCAUAGUUCGAGGUGACCAUCUUGAUCUAACCAUCCUUGGUGGACUUCAAGUUUCGCAAGAUGGUGAUCUUGCUAACUGGAUUGUCCCUGGCAAAAUGGUCAAGGGCAUGGGAGGUGCCAUGGACCUCGUUGACAGCCACUCAAAAUGCAUCGUUUGCAUGGAGCAUACAUCAAAAGGCGCUCCUAAGAUUCUCAAAAAGUGCUCUCUACCACUCACAGGCAAAAAAGUUGUAAGGAUGCUCGUUACUGAGUGCGGAGUGUUUGAGUUCAGAAGAGAUACUGGGAUGACUCUGGUAGAGAUCGCUUCAGAUAUCACUUUAGAUAAGCUUAAGGAGAUCACUGGAGCUACCUUCUUUAUUGCAUCUGACCUAAAAAAGAUGCAAGAAUAA